AUAUCAUUGACGAGAUUGCGUGUAUAUGCUGUUACUUGAUGCUAUAAAAUCCCCUUCUCCCCAAGCCGGAAAAGCAUAAUUAGAGGUAGCAAAUAAUCUUUAUACACACAGAGAAUGGGAAUGUUGCACAAGGAAGAGGAGGAGAUAUGGGAGCAGCUGCGGCGGGAGGCGGCGGAAGAGGCAGAGGCGGAGCCGCUCCUGGCAAAGUAUCUGAACGCCACAAUCCUCGUCCACAGGACAAUGGAGAGCGCGUUGGCAUUCCAUCUGGCCAACAAGCUUUCGACCUCCAUGCUGCCUAGCCCGCUGUUCUAUAACCUACUGCUGGACGUCUUUACACAAAACCCCGAAAUAGGCCACGCUAUUCGAGCCGACAUUCGCGCCGUCAAAACCAGAGACCCCGCCUGCAUUUCCUACUCUCACUGCAUGCUCGGCUUCAAGGGUUUUUUAGGCUGCCAGGCGCACCGCGUGGCGCAUAGGCUGUGGUCUCAGGGUCGAUUCUCGGUAGCCCUGGUUAUCCAGAGCAGGGUUUCUGAAGUGUUCGGCAUGGACAUUCAUCCUGCCGCUCGGAUUGGCGAGGGCGUGCUCUUUGACCAUGCGACGGGACUUGUUAUCGGCGAGACCGCCGUCAUUGGCGACGACGUCACCAUUCUGCAUCACGUUACCCUUGGCGGCACCGGCAAGCAUGGCGGCGACAGGCAUCCCAAAAUUGGGAACGGGGUUUUGAUUGGCGCGGGGGCUAGUAUUCUGGGGAACAUUAGUAUUGGCGAAGGGGCUAAGAUUGGAGCAGGGGCUGUGGUGCUCAUUGACGUGCCGCCCAAGACUACUGCUGUUGAAAACCCUGCCAGAUUAAUUGCGGGAAAGCAUCAUCCUAGCAUCUUGAAUGCGUGUCCCUGUAAAAGUGUGGAUCAUAUGUCUUUCAUUCCUGAAUGGUCAGAUUAUGUUAUUUGAGGUUGCUUUCAGAAAUUCCAUUUAUGUUCUUGGCCUUUUCUUUCUGAACUGUGUUUGUCUUUCAAAUAUCUGGACAGUGUAAUUUUAGAAUUCCCAUGCAAAUAUUUAUAAUUAUGUAAUUUUAG